AGUCAAGCUCUACGUUGCAGACAGAGGGAGAGAUCCAACAGUUUCUCUGAAUGAGGGAAUAAAGAGCAUUGUUCUUUUUCAGAUUUAAACAAACUCUUUGAGCUUCCCUCUCUCUCUGCCCGCGCCGUGUUCACUGCGAUGAACGUCUCGCACUCUGUCAGCUUGGGAAUCCCCACUCAAGUCCCGAAUGGUACAGCGGUGAGUGCGGAGACGCUCGCUCCAUGGAAUUACAGCCCUGUGAGCGCCUUCAAGCUGAUGGAUCUGCCAGCGCGAGCUACUACGGUGGCAAUGGUGCAGGAUGUUCGACACCCUUUCCCCACUGUGGAUGUUCCAGACCAUGCCCACUACACCAUUGGCUCUGUCAUCCUGGCAGUUGGCAUCACAGGCAUGGUGGGCAACUUCUUGGUCUUGUAUGCCUUCUGCAAGAGUAGGAGUCUGAGGACACCUGCAAACAUGUUCAUCAUUAAUCUGGCUGUCACCGACUUUCUGAUGUGUGUUACUCAGACACCAAUAUUUUUCACCACCAGUAUGCACAAGCGAUGGAUCUUUGGGGAGAAAGGCUGUGAGUUAUAUGCAUUCUGCGGGGCUCUGUUUGGUAUCUGCUCAAUGAUCACACUCAUGAUUAUUGCGGUAGAUCGAUAUUUUGUGAUCACUCGUCCUCUGGCCUCUAUUGGUGUCAUGUCACGCAAAAGAGCCCUAUUCAUACUCGUCGCUGCUUGGGUGUACUCUAUGGGCUGGAGCCUGCCCCCGUUCUUUGGAUGGAGUGCAUACGUUCCUGAAGGUCUGUUGACUUCUUGUUCGUGGGACUACAUGACCUUCAGUCCUUCUGUACGGGCCUACACGAUGCUGCUCUUCACCUUUGUAUUCUUCAUCCCACUCUUUGUCAUUAUUUACUGUUACUUCUUCAUCUUCAGGGCCAUCCGUGAUACCAACAGAGCUGUAGGAAAAAUCAAUGGAGAAGGAGGGCCCAAAGACUCUAUCAAGAAGAUCCACCGAAUGAAAAAUGAAUGGAAAAUGGCAAAGAUCGCACUCAUAAUGAUCCUGCUGUAUGUCAUCUCCUGGUCUCCUUACUCCUGUGUGGCUCUUACUGCUUUUGCUGGCUAUGCUGAUAUGCUCACACCCUACAUGAACUCUGUGCCAGCUGUGAUUGCCAAGGCGUCUGCCAUCCACAACCCUAUUAUCUACGCCAUCACUCACCCAAAAUACAGGUCUGCCAUUGCAAAGUACAUACCAUGUCUGGGUGUGUUACUGUGUGUACCUCAUAGAGACCGAUUCAGUAGCAGUAGCUUUAUAUCCACGCGACGUUCCACUGUGACCAGCCAGUCCUCUGAGACCAGUAGCAACCUGCACCGGGCUGGGAAGACACGCUUGUCCUCAGUGUCUGACAGUGAGUCGGGCUGGACAGAUACCGAGGCAGACCUAUCCAGCGCAGGUUCACGUCCUGCGAGUCGUCAGGUCUCAUGUGACAUCCGUAAAGACAGAGAUCUGUCAGACAUCAAGCACACAAGUUCUCUAAGGCUGAAGGUUAAGAGCAGAGACUCAGGUAUCUUCGACAGAAACUCAGCCCAGAGCUUAGCAGAGUCUGGCCUAAACCGGACCUUUACCUACAUCAACAUGGUGAUCGACAAAGAUGAGAUCUCUAUGGCGGAAGUCAGCCUGUCCAGUUGUCCGUCGUCCUCUCCAAAUAUGUUCUCAGAGAAAGCUGAGCUGAAAAGACUUUCUGCUCCGAUCCCUUCCAUCGUUGUGGCAUCAGAGUCCAGUCAUGCACUUCUCUCAGUAGGGCACAUUGGCUGUUCCUCCAGACAGCUACCAGGUGGUUCGGUUGAGGUAACCUCUGUCACUGUGGAAGCUCCUGGGAUUGACUGAACACAAGCUGCACUACCCUGCAUUACCACUGACAUUUGCUCUACUUCAGGACACCUUCUCAAAAGACUUAACAACCCUUCCUCCUUUUUGUCUACUAAUUUUUA